UGGAGGUAUCCAGUGGUGAGCAAGAAGAAUUGUUCAUUCGUAAGCUGCGCCAGUGCUGCGUGGCGUUUGAUUUCAUGGACCCCGUGGCUGAUCUGAAAGGCAAAGAAAUAAAGCGCGCUUCUCUCAACGAUCUAGUGGACUAUAUGACACACGGCAGGGGUGUACUGACGGAGCCUGUUUAUCCAGAAAUUAUUAAAAUGAUUUCUGCGAAUUUAUUCCGAACGCUGCCACCGAGUGAGAAUCCAGAUUUUGACCCCGAAGAGGAUGACCCAACGCUGGAAGCAUCCUGGCCACAUUUACAGCUAGUGUACGAACUGUUUUUGAGAUUCUUGGAAAACACUGAUUUUCAACCGACAAUCGGCAAAAAAGUCAUCGAUCAGAAGUUUGUUCUCCAGCUACUAGAGUUGUUUGACUCGGAAGAUCCAAGAGAACGCGAUUUCCUGAAGACAGUUUUGCAUCGCAUAUAUGGAAAAUUUUUGGGCCUACGUGCCUUCAUUCGCAAACAAAUAAACAACAUAUUUUUGCGUUUUGUUUACGAAACCGAACAUUUCAAUGGAGUUGGUGAACUAUUAGAAAUACUUGGCAGCAUAAUAAAUGGUUUCGCUUUGCCAUUGAAGUCUGAACACAAGCAAUUCUUGGUAAAAGUUCUUCUGCCUUUACAUAAAGUGAAAUGCUUAUCGUUGUAUCAUGCACAACUAGCUUAUUGUGUGGUUCAGUUUUUGGAAAAAGAUGCUGCCUUGACAGAACCUGUUGUCAGGGGUCUUCUGAAAUUUUGGCCAAAAACUUGCAGCCAAAAGGAGGUCAUGUUUCUUGGAGAGAUAGAGGAAAUAAUGGAUGUGCUAGAGCCAUCACAAUUCGCUCGGGUACAAGAGCCAUUGUUCAGGCAAAUUGCAAGAUGUGUCAGUAGUCCUCAUUUUCAGGUUGCUGAGAGAGCUUUAUAUUAUUGGAAUAAUGAAUAUGUUAUGUCACUUAUUGAAGAAAACAAUCAUGUAAUUAUGCCCAUAAUGUUUCCGGCUUUGUACCGCAUUUCAAAAGAGCAUUGGAAUCAGACAAUUGUGACUUUAGUUUAUAAUGUCUUAAAAACAUUCAUGGAAAUGAAUAGUAAACUAUUUGAUGAAUUGACUGCAAGUUAUAAAGGAGAACGACAGAAAGAAAAGAAACGCGAGCGCGAACGAGAUGAAUUAUGGAAACGUUUAGCAGAUUUGGAAAUAAGUCACCGAAAGCAGAUAGAGUCCUCAAGCUCAUCAGGACCACAGUUGCAGAAUGCUGUAACGACAGCCGUAACCCACCAUCAAUUGCCACAGAAAACCAAGUGAAACAUCAGUAAUACAUGUGUCAAGAACCAGGAUACAAUCUGAGCAACCUAUAACCUUCCUGCUGCUACUGUGAUCUGUCAUGACAUUUACCACACAUCGACAUGACAUCAAUCGGUGUAUGAAGUUUCAAAGUGAUUAUAGUGCUCGUGCGUGUGUACUUAUCAGUUUAUACAUGCACAAGUUGUAUGUGUGAUGCAGUUAUGUUAAAGUUUUUAUUUGUUUAUAGUGUGACUUGGUUUAUUGGCGAAAUAUGCAAAGACUUUC